CAGGUUAGCUAAACCCCUACAUCUCUGUUUCUAUCUCUCUCUCUCCCCGCGUGUUUUCUCACUUGCACGCCUGCACACACAUGCAAAAUCAUUCUUCCAUUAAAAAACUGUGUGAUUUGUGCGUCCACCAUAUGAUUAAGCGUAUUUAAUCCAAAUCUAGUCGUGCCAUAGAGAUACAGAACGAGCGUGUGUGCAGGGAAAGGACAAUAAUGGAUUGUAUUUGGAUUUUGUUUAUGACAGUAUUUUUUCUCUGGUUCACUGUCAUGCUCUACGAUAACAGGUUUAAACUCAGAUCGAAGUACAGAAAUCAGCUUCCUUCAGGCACUCUUGGAUGGCCUUUGAUCGGGGAAACUAUCGAGUUUGUCUCUUGUGCUUACUCUGAUCGCCCUGAGAGCUUCAUGGACAAACGACGCCGCAUGUAUGGGAAAGUGUUUAAGUCUCACAUAUUUGGGAGCCCCGCUAUAGUUUCGACCGACGCAGAGGUUAACAAGUUUAUUUUGCAAAGUGAUGCGAAGUUUUUUGUUCCUUCAUAUCCAAAAUCUCUCACAGUUUUGAUGGGAGAGUCUUCUAUUUUGCUCAUCAAUGGAAGCCUACAGAGGAGAAUACAUGGGCUCAUUGGGGCUUUCUUCAAGUCUCACCACCUUAAAGCUCAGAUCACCAGAGAUAUGCAUGAGUAUGUCCAACAAUCAAUGGCAAAAUGGAGGGAUGACAGCCUCGUAUACAUACAAGAUGAAACCAAAAACAUCGCCUUUAAAGUACUAGUGAAGGCGUUGAUUAGCUUGGAUCUUGGUGAAGAAAUGCAGCUUCUGAUGAAACAUUUUCAAGAAUUCAUCUCAGGCCUCAUGUCUUUACCCAUAAAUCUCCCAGGGACAAAACUUCAUCAAUCUUUACAGGCAAAGAAGAAAAUGGUGAAACUGAUACAGAGGAUUAUCAAAGCAAAAAGGAAGAGUGGAAUCUGUAAAGUUGCAAAAGAUGUGGUGGAUGUGCUGCUGAAUGAUUCAAGUGAGCAAUUAACAGAUAAUUUAAUAGCAGAUAAUGUGAUUGAUAUGAUGAUCCCAGGAGAGGACUCAGUACCAGUUCUUAUGACUCUAGCUGUCAAAUAUUUAUCAGAGUGCCCUCCUGCUUUGCAACAAUUAACGGAGGAAAACAUGAAGCUUAAGAAACUCAAAGGCCGACUUGGAGAACCCCUAGCUUGGAGUGAUUACUUAUCAUCAUUACCAUUUACUCAAACUGUGAUUACAGAAACUUUAAGGAUAGGGAAUAUCAUAAUUGGGGUAAUGAGAAAGGCCAUGCAAGAUGUUGAGAUCAAAGGAAAUUUGAUCCCAAAAGGGUGGUGUGCUUUUGCAUAUUUUAGAUCUGUUCAUUUAGAUGACCAAAACUAUGACUCUCCUUACCAAUUCAAUCCUUGGAGGUGGCAAGACAAAGACAUGAGUAGUUGCAAUUUCACAGCUUUUGGAGGAGGACAAAGGCUGUGCCCUGGUCUUGACUUGGCCAGACUGGAAGCUUCCAUCUUCCUUCACCAAUUUGUGACUCAAUUCAGAUGGUUUGCAGAAGAAGACACAAUUGUUAACUUCCCUACAGUAAGAAUGAAAAGAAGAAUGCCAAUCUGGGUAACAAGAAUGGAAUCUUGAGGUGCUUUUUUUGGUCAAAGAAGAUCAUUGGUAAUUAACUUCUUCAAAACUGGAACAUGUGAAUGAAGAAGAAGAGGACAAGUGCAGAAAGAGAAGGGGACAAAGAAGGAAAGAAUUGGCUUAUGCGAAUGAACACACGUGUGGGAAGAUUCAUUAAGCCUAAUGAAUUUGUCCCCUAGCCUUGCACCGUUCUCCUACUUAAGGUCAAUUUAAACAAUAAAAUAACAAUUAAUUAGAGAGAAAGGGUAAAGUUUUCAUCUUUUGAUGGACCCACCAAUUAGUCAUUUACUUUUAACCCAAUCUUCUUUCCAAUUUUACCUUCCUAGUAUAUGCAUAGAGAUAAUGGAAAUGUUGACUGUAAGGGGAAUCAAUCUCAUCCUGUUUCUGAUCAAAGUUUCUUUUUCUUCUCUCA